AUGCUCGGUCUCGAGGACACUCAGUAUCUUCCUAGAGUGGGUGCCAGGCGCAACACCGUGACCCUCGCUGUCAAUUGGGAGUUCAAAGACUUCGCAUGGAGCUCACCAGAGUGUGCAUCUACGCUGUCCAAGUAUUUCAGGAAAGCGGCGAAAGGAUACCUGGAAUCCAACAACAUAAUAACCCGCAUAGGCUCUAUACCCGUACCAUCUCGGUUCAGAGAUAAGAAUGAUGUGGUCGCGCGGCUCGUCAACCAAGAUGCUCUUCAAGUAACGCUCACACGGGUGCAGUUAGCGAUGGAGUUCCUCAAUUAUCAUACCGAGAAGGAGUCGUGGCUGGGCCCUGAUACGCCUGAGGAUUACCCGGACUAUGUGCCGCGUCUGUUCGUUCGAGAUGAUUGGACCGAGGAACAAAUAUGUGGCAUACUAAGUCUCGUCCAUUGCUGUGCUCGUUCUCAACAACUGGCUCGCGAAUUGGCUUCUGAACGCCUCAUCGGAGACGCGAUCCUAAGUAUUUUCGGCCCGCAUUAUCCGUAUUGGACUGCCAUACCACGACUGGUGAAACGGAACAUGGUUGCUCGUCAUGGCUGCCUGCCUCUGGCGGGUUUCCUCCUUGGCGAUACCGAUAUGCCUGCCGGUGCUGUCAUGACUGCACGGCGACACAUGACUGAAGUGCUGCACCCAACUAUGACCCUUCUUGCUGGGCAACAUUGCAAGAGACAAGGGUGGAGGCUCGAUCGGAGGCUCACAAAGGCGGAUGCUGCAGUCCAAUUGGACAAGAAGUUCUUCGUCUUCAGCGUGCUCUACAGUAGGCGGCUUUUCUGGGUGGAUAUCAACUUUCCAGCCAUCAAGUACUCGCAAUCCACCAAGCAGUUCAACUGGAUGUUCAUCAGUGCACCAGUCAUGAGAACGGAAUGCGAGCUGCCGAUGAGCAUUCCAACCCGGCUCGCCAUCUUCCAAGCACUGCUGUUCAUCGAACAGCAUGUAUACGUGCUGAAACAUCAGCUUGAAGUAUCGCUUUAA